GCGCCGGCUGUAUGACAUGUUUCCCUGGGCCCUCCGCCACCUCUCAGGACCCCAUCAGAAGAUAUUUCAGUACCAUGAGGCUGUAAGGGGCUUCAUCAGUCAUGAAAUCAUCAGGCACAAGCUCAGAACAGCUGAGGCCCCCAAGGAUUUCAUCAACUGCUACCUGUCACAAAUCACCAAGGCCAUCGAUGACCCUGUCUCUACAUUCAAUGAGGAGAACCUGAUCCAAGUGGUGAUCGACCUCUUUCUGGGAGGCACAGAUACCACGGCCACCACACUGCACUGGGCACUCAUAUACCUGGUCCAUCACAGAGCCAUCCAAGAGCGUGUGCAGCAGGAGCUGGAUGAGAUGCUGGGAGCUGCACAGACCAUCUGCUAUGAGGACCGAGAGCGACUGCCCUACACCCGUGCUGUCCUCCACGAGGUGCAGCGCCUUAGCAGCGUUGUGGCUGUGGGUGCUGUACGCCAGUGUGUGACUUCCACUUGGAUGCAUGGUUAUUAUGUGCCCAAGGGAACCAUCAUCUUGCCCAAUCUGGCCUCCGUGCUGUAUGACCCUGAGUGCUGGGAGACCCCUCAUCAAUUCAACCCUGGCCACUUCCUAGACAAGGAUGGAAACUUUGUGGCCAAUGAGGCCUUCCUGCCCUUCUCUGCAGGGCAUCGGGUGUGUCCUGGGGAGCAGCUUGCCCGAAUGGAGCUCUUCCUGAUGUUUGCCACCCUCCUCAGGACCUUUCAGUUUCAACUACCAGAAGGGAGCCAGGGCCUCAGGCUGGAAUAUGUCUUUGGUGGUACACUGCAACCUCAGCCCCAGAAGAUUUGCGCAGUGCUUCGCCAGAGCAGCCUCAGCCCUAGGGAGCCCUAGGCCUGCCACUGCAACACAGGAGGCUUCCAUCUGUCAGCCCUCAAAAUCAGGAACUAGGAAGAAGUAGAUUUCUCCUAGCUCAGCUGCCCCAGUUCUCA